AUGGGGAGGAGUGAAGAUGCAGAUACUCUGACUUCUGUAACAAGUGAAGAGACCAAAUCAGACAAGUUGGCUCUGGUCCCAGCAACCAAGUGUCGCAAAGCUACUCAAGAGGUGAAGAAUCACAAGAUAGCCAUAGAUGGAGUUGAUGUUGAUGAAUACGCCAAGUCUGUACCAGAUGAUGGGUCUGCAGGUGAACAAAGUCCAUUUGAUAGAGUGGACAUCCUUACUAAGAGUAAUACAACAGUCACUACUCUGAAGGAUUCUCCUGCCUUAGAUGAUGCUAUUGGUUUCUUUGAAACUCAUCACUGUGCCAUGCCAACAAAUGGUCUGUACAAACUACAUCCUGGACAAGCUUUUGAUCUUGAUUGGUUGGAAUGUAACAUGGCUGGUCUAUUUGAUUUAGACCCUGCCCAUGUGCCACAACUUAGACCACCAGAUUUUGAAGCUUACAAGUCAGGCAGGCAACCAUCUGUUCUGUUUGUUCCUGAAACGCCUAUCAACUUUGUCAUUGAGUCUACUCCAAAGCGAGACAAACUCAUAGACUUGACUUGCAAGUUGUCAUCUUCUGAACCUCGAUGCAGCCCACCAGAUGAAGGUUAUGUUCAAGGUGCUAAGAUUGUUGAGCUCAACUACAAGCACAAUUGCAACAGGGAGAUUCAGCCUGCACAUAUUCAACUAUGCCUGAACAUUGACAAAGGUGAAUAUGAAUGUGUCAUGGCUUACCAAAACAUCCACAAGUGGUCAGAAAUUGACAAGGACAACCCCAUUGUUUGGAAGCUCAAGCGAGUUGUCUGCCACCAUCACUACAUUCAACUUGAACACCCUUCUUACCUGUGUCUGACCUACAGUAUGGCCAUUGGAUGGAAACAUGGGGAGAAUAGCCCAAAACCACUGAGCAUCACUGGGGCCGAUGAUUCAGUGACCUACACUAUACUUGCUAGAAAUCACAACCUAUUGGAAAGUCAAGGUUGUACACUUCUUGGAAAUAUAGUCAAGGACAAGACAAAUCUUCUUUGUCCAACCAAUCAAGUCAAGCUGAGAUUGCUACACACUACUUCACCAAAGUGUAUGUACUACUACAAGAUCCAGAAAGACCACAAUGGUGUCCUUCAACUUGACAAACUCCAUGGCAACAUCAACUGGAAACGCACCACCAAAGUCAAGAUAGAUCUGCUUGCAAGGUACAAGGUCCUUGUGGAUAUGGGGAGAGGAAUCCCAACAGCAAAAAAUCACCAAAAGUUCCAAGUCCAACUUGUCAAUGAACUUAAAUAUUGUGGCAAACACAAGCCCAGACUCCUACCUUAUGGUGACUCUACCUACGUAUUGCAAAACAAAACAAAACCCUACUGUCUAUUGACAGACCAAUCGGUUGCAGGUAUAAUCCAUCAUAUGUUGAAUAGAACCUCAAUUGAUUUCUUCUCUAAGGAGCAGUCAACUGUUGAGACUGCUACUUAUGGUUCUGAGUCUGUAGCCACUCAAACCUGUGCCAAACAGAUCAUGGAUCUCCAACAAACCUUGAGGUACCUUGGUGUGCCAAUCAGAGGUCAAAGCUACAUGUUUGGUGACAAUGAAUCUGUCAUGAACAGUUCUUCCCUACCUGAAGCUAAGCUACACAAUCAAGAUGUUGCAUUGUCAUUCCACCGUGUGAGAGAAGCAGUAGCAGCUAACAUGCUAUCUUUUAUCCACAUUGACAGUACUCUCAACCCAGCUGAUAUUCUCAGCAAACAUUGGGGUCAUCAGCAAAUCUGGACACUACUACCCACUCUAAUGUUCUGGUAUGGAGAUACUGCUGAUCAAGAUGACUAG